AUGUCACCGCUGAAGAUGCGACCAACACAAGCGAGGAGGAGGCCACGUACAGCAGACAUAGCAGUGAUACUUCUACUUGUGAUGUCACUCUUGAUUAUCUGCUGCAACUUACAUAGAAUUCAUGUGGUAUCUACUUUUUUAGAUGAAAAUCAGGCUGGAGUUUCACAACCGAUAGACGAAGAUGAAUAUUUGAUGUUCGUUCCGUCUAAUGUUGCUGCCGUGUGGAAGGCACAAAGAUUCCUAGCCGUCCUUGGAAUUCCUUCUGUGGACAACAGUGAGAGAAGCAGGCGGCGUGACUUGCAGCGACAGACAUGCUGGAAGUAUAGUGGCGUGGCCACACGAUCAAACAACUUUAGUGGGAGUCUCCUGCCAUUAUAUCUUCUCGCACCACAUCAGUCAAACAGUUAUUUGAUUUCACACUCACUAAAGGAAGAGGCCGCACGUACACAUGACAUUAUUACACUACCAACAAAUGAUGUCUCUCCAUCCACACGGAAGAAGAUUGGUGAGAAUGGAAACUGGGGAAUUGAGGCUGAGGUUGCGAUGAGUCGGAAAACAUAUUUGUGGCUUCGGUUUGCUCUUCACAUGUUUCCUAACGUAAGUUACAUUGUGAAGGGUGAUGAUGACAUAUUUAUUCGUGUUCCAAAAUACCUUGCGGACCUUCGUGUAAUGCCUCGUCAUGGUUUGUAUAUGGGUCGUUACAACUACUAUAACCGGAUAUGGCGGCGUAACCAACUUACAUAUGUGAACGGAUAUUGCAUUACUCUCUCCAGGGACACUGCACAAGCCAUCAUCUCGUAUAAACCUCUUGAGCGUCUAGUGAACAUGCCCUUUUCUAUGUGGGACUAUUUUGACUUUCUUGAUCUUGGCAUGUUCUAUGAAGAUGUGAUGGUUGGAAUGAUACUGAGAGAAAAGGUAGUGUACAGAAACCUAAUAAGUGUGGAGAUGGGUCGUUGUCACUUUCACAAUGCGGGCAAGUUUGGUGUGAAGAAGAGCGUUAGGAACAUGUCUGUUGUGAUACACCACAUACAGGAAGCCGAUUACGAAAUGUUAAUGGACUACUUUCCUGAAGGUGUAAUACCACCGGCACCCUCAAAGCUAAUGUGGUUGAAUAGCAAUUGGGCGGCGAUGCAGUGUGAAUUCCGACUUGGACGGAAAAGAGAAAUCCUACCUUCUUUUCCCUUUUGGCGUAAGAGGGCCUGA